UUAUGAGGAGAACUCCUCUUUAGUUUUGAGGAACCAUUCAAUAUAUCCACUUCUUCAUCACUUUCUUCCUCAUGAUCAUCAUAGCAGUUGAGAAAGAGGUAAAUUAGGGUUAGAAAGGGAGAGAUGGUGCCAUGGUGGGUGAGGUUGGUUCGGUAGUGUUGUGUUGUUGUGUGGGUAUCCUGAGAAAUCGAAAAGGAAAAAAGUUCUUUGUGGCGACUGUACAUAAGGGUAUAAUUGUCAUUGUAAAAUAGAAGAACUUCAGGGAUGUCCAAAGACCCUUUUGAGUGCAAAAUAGAAUCACUCAACAAAAAGGAAAAAGUAUAGGGUCAUGGGCCAUUGCCUAGUUUAGGCCCAAUUUACGAGUAGUUGAAGCCAGUUUCUUGCCCGCGUGUUUGUCUUGGGUUUGGUCGCAGAACAGAAGUGAGAGUGAGAGAAACAAAAAAUGGGGGGUGGUGGUGGGAGCAAGAAAAUAUUGGUGGGUUUGGUGGUGCUGAUGCUUUUUGGGGUUGCAGUGUACUUGAAGCUUUGGACCAUCGACUAUACGGUUUCUUCCGAUGAAGCUGAGCUCUUGAGGCGGCAGUUCGACCUUGCUAAUAGGGAAGCAAUGGAUGAAUCUGCUGAGUGGAGGCUGAAAUACGAUGUAGAAGCAGAAAGGGCUACCAAGUGUAUGAACGAACUCAAACAGAUAAAGGGGUCUUUUGAGGAGGAUGAUGGAAAUGCUGCUAGCCUCAACCAGAAAUUGGUGAAUCUACAAAAGGAAAAUAUGGCCUUGGUUGAACGGAUGGAAGCCAUGAAACAAGAGCUUGAGGCUGAGAAGCUGAAGUGCAGCUUGCAAUAGGUUUUCUGAUCAUCAAGGGUCAAGAGCUUCAGCAUAACCAAAUUUACCUCAUUUUUCAUUAUUGUCCAAUCCAUGUGCUCCCCACCAAGAAACUAAUUUCAUGAGCUCAAUCUCCAUUUUGCAAAUUUGCAACUUCCAAUGGUAAGCACGGGAGACCUUUUUUCGCACGAGAUGCGCGUGGCCCCUUACAACUCUUAACUUGUGCUGCUUUCUAGGAAACUGAGAGGUGUUCGAUAAAAUGACUCUGCUUUUCUACAAUGAAUAUACAAUGACUUUUUUCCACCUUUAUUUUCUUGCUUAGGAACCAAUGUAAGUUGUUCAAUCUUCAAUCUAUGUUUUUCUUUUCCUGCAAUGAUUCCUUCUUGUAAUAGAUCUCCAGGAAUUUCGGAUCCUGUAAUUCAUUUAAUUGAAAGAUGUGAAAUUUUGGAUGUCC